ACACUUUAUCGUUUCCGCGAGCCAAGGCCGAUAAUGCUGCAUUAUUACCGCGAGGUAGUCUGAGAGCUCCCUCUUCAGCGUCCGCGAGAGCUCGCAGGUGGGAGGAUAUUCUCGUCGCAUUCUGACCAAAGGGUUCGUUCAAGGGUGCGGCGUCUGUCGCGGGACCGGAGAUGGUGAGCAGUCGGUUAGCGACGACCAUAGCGUUAGCGCUGGUACUGGUGUCCGCAGCGUCCGCCAAGGGCGUCCACGAGCCAGAAAGAUUGAACACCGAUGUUGACAAGCAUGCCGUUAACGACAUUGAUGACUUCGUAUCGCAAGUGGGUGGUCUCACCACGGGCGUCAUCGUCGCCAUCAUCAUUAGUGUCAUCGUAGGCGUGGUCCUUAUCAUCUGCUGCUGCGUCUGCAUGUGCAGGGCCUGCGCAGGCAAAAAGGAGACCAACCACACGGUCGUGUACACGGCCAACCCGAACCAGGAGACGCCGCAACAACACCCGCAGCAGUACCCGCCGCCGAUUCACCAACAGUGGCCGCCAGGGGCGCCGCUUUCCUCGCCGCCUCAGGAUUACAGCGGGCCAGGCGCGCAACAGCACCCGCAGCAGUACCCGCCGCCGAUUCACCAACAGUGGCCGCCAGGGGCGCCGCUUUCCUCGCCGCCUCAGGAUUACAGCGGGCCAAGCGCGCAACAGCACCCGCAGCAGUACCCGCCGCCGAUUCACCAACAGUGGCCGCCAGGGGCGCCGCUUUCCUCGCCGCCUCAGGAUAACAGCGGGCCAGGCGCGCCCUACAGCCAGCCACAGACCCACGACGCGCAGCCGCCAGCUUACCCGCCCGGGCCUGCCUACGUGCCGCCCACGAAGUACUAGCCGUGGACCGUAGUGCUCGGCGUGUGCUCGAGUACAGAGACGCACGGGACGUGAAUUUGUCUACGACGUGCGUCCACACCAAGGCACAACUAAUUCGCCAUAAAGAAUCGCGCGGAUCUGCUC